GGACAAAAUGACUAAUAUGCCCAGACACACGCACAAAUCUGCUAAACCCUAGAGAGCAAAGGAAGUGAGGAAGAAGGAGAAGUGGAGAAAGAACAACUGUAUUACCUAAUUGACCCAACGGUCUCUUGAAUGGCGGUUCCCGCGUCUUCGUUACUUACACCAAAUACAAGAUUUCAGAUUAAACUACUCAGAAACCAAACUUUUCAACUCCGCGGAUGGACAGUCUUACAUAAGCAUCCCCGGCAGCUUCCUUUAUGUUUCAUGAAACUAACAAAAGCCCAGUUUGGCGAACCAAAUAAAGUCAGAUUGCAACUGAGUAGUGCCAAGGAAAAGUUGUGGGAGGCCACCCCGAACCCUGUGAAAAAGUUUCCUUGGAGAGAGGCAGGGGAUAUGCUGCUAAAGCGAUUAUUGUUUAUCGGACAGAAGGUUUUGAAAUGGUCCCUUGCAGUAAUUUUCGUUUUAAGUUGUAUAUCAGAUAUCAUCUUUUCCAUCUCUAGAAACCAGGAGUUGAUGAUUCCUAUUGGUCUCCUAGUUGGCUGCUUGAUGACUGACUUCUUAAAAGAGACACUGCAGGAAUUGUUCCAAGCCUCAGAGGAUAAGGAAUUGAAUUUCCCCCUUGUGAUUAUUUGUUGUUUCUUCGUUUUUGUCAAGGUCAUGUCUGCAUAUUUUAUAUCACGGCCACAAAUGCUUCUUUCGCAUGUUGCCAAUGGUGGGUUGCUGCAAGCUGUGUGGCUGUGGAGAUACUUACUGAAAGAAAAUGGUGAACACAACAUUGAGAAUUCUUCGCCAACCAAAGAUGCUAGGUCUACGUUAGUUGCUGAGAAAUGAACUCCGGAAUCCAUUAUUACUGUAAUUAACAUCGAUAAAUCAUGGCCUUGAGAAAGUUUGGGUCCUAAGUUCUUUAAAGUGCAUGGAUAUGGGGUACCUUCUUACUAAAGAUGUUUGAUUCACUUAGGUCGAAUACAAACCCUGGCACAUAAACACUUAUAUAUGUUUGAGCAUCUCAAUCAAAAGAAAAUGCCCGCCCUAUGGGCUUGUUUUUCA